AUGAUAUCACUAAAGAGGCAAGCUCGUUUGCGUCGAGAGUACCUUUACAGAAGAGCGCUCGAAAUAGCGGCAGCAGGGGCGGAGACGAGCCGCCAGCGCGGACCCCCAGGACUUGCUCGCCCUGGUGGUGCGAGCUCGACGCCGUCCGCUCGGCGAGACACGAGCGACGCAGACGAGAAAGUCCAGAUAACCGAGGAGGCACUUCGUCAUCCGAUACGAAUGCUAGCAACAACACGGUUGAUGCUGGAUGACGAGUACGCCACAGCGGGCGUUGCGGAUCCGAAGAUCGUGAUCACGACCUCGAGGAACCCCUCGAGUCGCUUAUGCCAGUUUGCGAAAGAGGUCCGGUUCCUCUUUCCGAACGCUCAGCGGCUGAACCGCGGCAAUCUCAUCCUAAAGGACCUGAUCGAGCUCGGCAGAGCGCAACAGCUCACGGACUUGGUGUUGCUGCACGAGACGCGCGGCGAACCCGAUGCGCUCAUCGUAUGUCAUUUGCCGCUGGGUCCGACGGCGUACUUCGCACUCUCCAAUGUCGUCAUGCGACACGAUGUAGCGGAGAUGCUUCGACACGAACACCAAAACAGCCCGGACGCUGCGCUGCCGCCACUCAGCGAAGCGUAUCCCCAUGUGAUCUUCGAGGGCAGCUUUCAGAGUAGACUGGGCAUGCGGGUGAAGAACAUGCUUCGAUUUCUGUUUCCCGUUCCCAAGCCAGACUCGAAGCGUAUUGUAGCAUUCAUUGAUAAGGGAUAUGAUGGUAUUCUAUCUUUCCGACAUUACAUUGUUGAGAGGAGGCGCACCGCCGCUGCGGAUGAUUCAUCAGACGACGAAGAAGCGGGAACUGCGACCGCUUCAUCGAGUGCGGGUCGAAUCCAGGGUCACCAGCAGCACCAAGCACUCAUCGAACUGGGUCCCCGUUUCGAUUUAGGACUGUUCCGCAUACGUCUCGGAACGCUCGAGCAACAAGAUGCUGAUGAUGAGUGGAGGCUUGCGCCGUAUACCCGCAGUGCGCGCAAGCGACGGCGAUUGUUCGGAUAG